AGAGAGAGAGAGAGAGAGAGAGAGAUUUUGUUCCAGGCUUUUGCCCAGGCCGGCGUCUUGGCAGGUACAGUUAAUACAGCUCGCCAUGUCUUUCACAGGCACGCAGGGCAAGUGCAAAACCUGCGACAAGACCGUCCAUUUCAUCGACCUCCUGACCGCCGACGGCGUCUCGUACCACAAGACCUGCUUCAAGUGCAGCCACUGCAAGGGCACCCUCUCGAUUAGCAACUACUCUUCCAUGGACGGUGUCCUGUACUGCAAGACACACUUUGAGCAGCUCUUCAAGGGGACAGGGACCUUCUCGAAGAAAUUUCAAGGUGGCGCAUCUUCAAACAAGAACGACCAGGCAAAAGCUCCGAGCAAGCUAUCGUCUGCAUUCUCUGGAACUCAAGAUAAAUGCACAGCGUGCCAAAAAACUGUCUACCUAUUGGAAAAGCUAACGCUCGAAGGCGAGUCGUACCACAAGAGCUGCUUCAAGUGCUCGCACGGGGGCUGCAUCCUGACGACGUCCUCCUAUGCCGCGCUCAACGGGAUCCUCUACUGCAAAAUCCACUUCUCGCAGCUGUUCAAGGAGAAGGGCAGCUACAACCACCUCAUCCAGACGGCGCAGACGAAGAAGGGCGAGGCCGUGGAGGCUGCGCCGGAGCCACCGGUGGAUGCAGGGGCGGCAGAGCAGGAAGUGCCCCCGCAAGCGGCAUAGAGAUAAGAUAUUAGCAACAAAGCAGCAGACAAAAACCAUAUCUAUACAACCUCUGCAAUUUUCAAUCAGUAGUUUGCAAAUAUAUAUUCUUCUCGGCCUUUUUCUUGUUCUGCCUCUGAAAGCUUGGUUUUUGUCCGUCUGGGACUGGGAUUGUAACACGUAUUGACUUGCUUAAUUCUGUAUGAGGCUCUGGAUUCAUGAUGAUGAAAUGAGAAUAUGGU